AUGGCUUCUCGUAAGAACGCAAAAUUCUCCACCAAAAUCCAGUUCUAUCUGAAACACAGGGAAUCGCGGAUACUGAAGCUAUGCAACGACACAAUCGGCCCAGUACCGAACGAUUCGCUCACCCGAGCCAUCUUCAAGCUGCUGUCGAAGCCGGUGGACAACAGGCGCAUCAUUCAGCUUCUUGCCGACAAGAAACGCUGCUCCACCAAAUCGACUGCCUCGCACAGCACCCUGAAGACGCCCCAGCAGCAGCAACAACAGCAACAACUCCAGCCGACACCAUUAACGGUUCCCACGGCGGCGGCGGCGGCGUCGUCGCUUUCGGCCGUAACCGGUGCCGUCUCGCUGCCCGAGUAUCAGAAAGAAGUGGAACGGUUUCGGGGACGCAUCAUCUGCCAGGACAACACGUGCAUCAUUGAUCCGGCGGCCUCUCCUAAGAACGACAACAAUUCGAAUCCUCGCACUCACUCCUUCCGAAUUGUCUCGUUCAGCAAGGAGGGCAGCAAUGGCAAUGGCAACAGCAACACGGGAAGCGGAAAAUCGAGCACAUCGGACUGUUCCUCGUCGCCACUUGGCGGUGACGGUGGCCGGGAUUCGAUGGACGAACAGGUCCAGAAUCUCAGCACAUCGCCGACCGCGUCGACACAAGCUGGCCACAAGGCGAUUCUGAUGUGCUUCAGCUGUAAGCUCAGCUUCGGCACCUGCCGGUCGUUCAUCGCCCACGCCAAGAUGGAGCACAGCCUCACGCUGAACGACUACGAGCGGAUGCUGCUCGAGAAGAACUACAGCAGCGCCAUCAUCCAGACCAACACCGAGAGGCAGUUCUACUUUCUGGUUCCUUUCGAAGAGAAAUCUUCCGCCAACAGCAACCCUAGCAUUAAGUCGUCGAUGGAAACGGAGGAGCGAUUCAAGAGUGGACUUUCGGCACUCAGCAGUCAGCAGACAUCGCCCCAGCAGCAGCAGCAACAACAACAACAACAGGUGCAAAUUCAACAGCAGCAGCAGCAACAACAGCAACAACAUCAGCCACCUGUCCAAGCGCCGGAGAAAAGUCCCGGAAGUAUCAGCUUCGAAAGCGGCUUCCCAAAACUCACCCCCAGCAGUAUGCUCUACGACAUGGACAAUAAGCUGCAGGCGAGUUGGAAGCUAGCCGCCGAGAAGUACAACAACGCCAUGAACGAAAGUGUAGCGGCCGCGGCGGCUGCGGCAGCUGUAGCCGCAGCCCAGGAGGAAAAGAACGCAGCCAGCGGGAAACUGCUGACGGACUUCCUAACCCAGCAGAAGAUGCUGUCCGCAGCGGAAAACCUCUACAACAAGCAGAACAAGUUCCUGGAGUUGAUGAACACCAACCCGCUGGCGGCAGCCGCUGCAAAGGCCGCCGUCACCAGUCCGGGUGUUGAUGCGACUAGCGAUUUUCAAAUGGCCAAAAAGUACAACGCAAUGGAUCUCUACAAGCAGCUGAUGGCGGCGAACAACUUCCGCCCGGAGGGCCUGGAAAUGAAGGAAGAACUCAAGAGCGAGCAUCAGAUAAGCGUUAAGAAACUAGAGACUGAAGCAUCGGCAGCGUUCCGCAACAGUAACUUUGCGCCAAAUAUCUCCACGAGAAACUCCUGCAAAACGCUGAAAUGUCCCCAGUGUAACUGGCACUACAAGUACCAGGAAACGCUGGAGAUUCACAUGCGGGAGAAGCAUCCGGACGGAGAAACUGCGUGCAGCUACUGUUUGGCAGGCCAACAACAUCCCCGACUUGCCCGAGGCGAAUCGUACACUUGCGGCUACAAACCGUACCGUUGCGACAUCUGUAACUAUUCCACCACCACGAAGGGUAACCUGUCCAUUCACAUGCAGAGCGACAAGCAUCUGAAUAACAUGCAAGAUCUAAACGGAAUGAUGAACAAAGGGAAUCAAAACUUUUUAAAUCUUGCCACCCUUCAGGCCACGGAGAAGGUUAACACAUCUCGCAACCAGUACAUGCAAGCCACCUCGCCGCUGUCCUUGACCACCAAACUCACCCAGCAGCCGCCCAAGGAAUCGCCCAGCAGCUACGAAGCGAAUCGGCCAAAAUCCUUCUUCAAGUGCGACAUCUGUAAUUACGACACCAACAUUGCACGGAACCUCCGAAUCCACAUGACCAGCGAGAAACAUAUCAGCAACCUAAACUCGCUCCAGUCCAGCUACAGUCAACUGAAGAACCUCCAGAGUAUGUCCUCCGCCGAAAAUCUCGACUACCUGAGUGCUCUCAGUUUGAACGCCCUAAAGGAUGAUCCCACGCUAGGCCGAAUCGAAGACUACAGCAGCAGCUCGCUGAAACCCCUCUCGAUUCCAUCCUCUCCUUUUGCUCCCAUCGAUCCGACCCCGGUCAGCACAGCCAACAGCACACCUACACCGGAGUCCCUCUUCCUGAACAAUCCGUCUCCCUUCUCGGGUGGAAGCGACACCGACCGGCUCGCGGUCGGUGAGUUCCACCAGCUGGACGAAGACAAAAAUCCGCUCCACUUCGAACCACCGAUCAGAGUCACGCUGGACCCAUCGACUUACUACACCUGUUUGAUCUGCUCGGACUUCGACACCAACAAUCUGGAGGAGCUGAAGAAGCACGUCAUCAAGGACCGUCUGACUUCAAACAUAGCGAUGGACACGAUAGUAAUCGCAGCCGCUAGCUGCGAGUGUUUGCUGUGCGGUUUCCGCCCGCAGAACGGUCCGGACAAGCACGAUCUCGAACGACACCUGAAGACGGAGGCCCACCUUAAGCGACUCGAUCUGAUGAUUCAUCUACUGGAGGGACGGGACAAGGCAAUCGGCAAGCUGCGCCAGUUCUGCGGCCCGGAGCUGUUCAAAAAGCUUUCGCUCAUCUUCCCGCUGGCAACGGAGGAAUCGAAAUUUCCGUACGAAGAAAUGCCAAGCAUUGGUGAAAUUUCGCGUUCUCCCCUGUCGCUGCUGCUGGAACCGAAGACGGAACUGCUGGUCGACCGCGAGUUUGGCGGAAGUAAUGGAAUCGAUAAUGAAGGAACCCAACCGCACCCGGACAACGUUCAAAUCAAGUGCAACUGCUGCAACUACUACACGACUUCGCUGGAGAAAAUCGGCAUCCACAGCCUGUCGGAGAAGCACAUCUUCCGACGGAUCUGUUUCGACUAUUUGCUGCUUAUCUCCAGCGAGAAGAGCACCGGCGCCGGCAGCGGCGGAGGUUCGCUAAGUCCGUUGAACUUGCAGCACAGCAUGAAAACUGAAGAGAAUCGUCCGGGAAGUGCGGCCAGUUUGCGCGGUGGAGGCGGUGCUGCCAGUCUGAUGCUGACCUGUGUCCCGUGUGGUUACAAAACCGAUCACAUCUACUACAUGAUCCACCAUCUGAAGAAGUCCUGCAAGGUGGAGCAGAACAUCAAUCUGCUCGGACUGCGCAACAUCUUCAAGUUGACCCCGAAGGGCGCCGAAUCCCAAGAUGCAAUGGACUCGGCCUCGGCGGCUACCGGUGACAACAACAACGCGCACACACUGGGAACCCUGUGCAGCAUUCUGCAGGAGAAGAAACCAUGGAACGGGGAAAACUGUAACGGCAAAAGUGGUAGCAUCGCCACCUCCGGUGUCACCGCAAGCGGUGCUUCCGGUCACAAUGGGGAUGGCGGAGGUUCGACCUGCAAGGAUCGCUGUCUGGUUUGCAGUGUGUGCAACGAUUUUUCCUCGAAGAAGAUCAACGUGAUGCAGCACCUGCUGGCGAACCACAACAUCGGCAAUGAGCUGCUGGCGCAGGAUUUCCCCAACUUGAAUGUGCCAUCGACGGUCCAGAAGAAACCGUUCGACUACCUGCGCACGCUGACAGAGGCUCGCUGUGCUCAGAAUCUGCGGCUCAUCGAGAAGGUAACCUUCAUGAACGACACUUUCGCCUUCAAGGAGAACUGCAACGAUCUGAAGCACGGAAAUUUAGCCGAAAUCCUCGAGAGUUACAUGGGUGGCGGUAAGGAUGGAGAUGGAGAGAAGAUUGAAAAGCAUCACAUACAAACGGUGUCCUGCCCGCUGUGUCCGGAAACCUUCCUGGACCAGGUAAACGUAGAAACGCACGUAAUCCGAGUGCACAACAUUAAGAUGGAAGGCUUGAACCGACUGCUGAAGCUGGUUGAUACCUCGCAAUUUCUCAAGACCACCAAACAACAGCAGCUUGGCAGCAGUCCGGACAAGUCGCCGAAGAAGGAAACCUCGUCCCCCUCGCCGGAGAUCAAAUGCUCCUUCUGUAAGGUCUGCUUCGACUCCAUGGUAGACCUGAAGAUACACUGCAACGAAAGCAAUCACUUCAAGCGGAACGCCGACUCGGAGGAUCUCGCCUGCUUCCUGAACGACUGCAAGGACGCAUUCGACAAUCUGUCCGAUCUGCACCAGCACUUCAAGGCAAACCAUCUCAAUUUUCUGAUCUCGGAGAACCACACGUACAAGUAUCGCUGCAAGCUGUGUCCGUUUGCGUUCAAAACGCACGAAAAGUUGAAUCGGCAUUUGUUCUAUCACUCGCUUCGCGAGUCCACCAAGUGUUUCUAUUGCGAUGCCACGUUUAAGAAUAUUAACUCACUGACGAGUCACAUCACCGAGAAGCACCCGCAGGAGUCGUCCGCCCCGAAGGGCGGCUCCGAAACCCCCCAGCAGCAGGACUCGUCGUCGAUUCUUUUCUUUAAAGAUUUGAAGCGAAAGAUGAUGAACAAUAAAAAUGGGAUGAGUCCCAAGUCGGACCGGAGUCAAACGCGCGAUAGCGCGGACGAGGACCGGCUCAGUGAGAAGUCGAUGAGUAGCAAGAGCAGUUUGUACUAUGAUAAAAGUUUGGAUGGUUCGGAUGGGGGAGGAGGAGGAGCCGGAGGUGGUGCGAAGAUAUCCUGUAAUGAUUGUAGGUUUAACUUCACGGAUGCGGCAGCUCUCGAGCGACAUAUGGCCACGGCAUUCCAUAUGUCGAAGGAGAAGGAAAAAGCCGCUGCGGAUAGUAUUGCUGGAAUGGUUAACAAACAGCAGCUGUUCUACGACAUCAAAUCGGAGAAGUUCACCAAUCCGAAUCGACCCUUCAAGUGUACGAUUUGCAUGGAGAGUUUCACCCAGAAGAACAUCCUGCUGGUGCACUACAACAGCGUGUCCCACUUGAACAAACUGAAGAAGCUAAAGUCCGACAAGCAGCACUCGGCGUUCCCGUUUCAGAUUGGGGCUUCCAUGAUGGGGGGUGGUGGCGAUGGGAUGGGCGGCGGUGGAGGCGAUGGAUGCGAAUUCGGUGGUGACAAGCAGCCUCCCGAUUUGAAGGCCUUCGGGAUGCAAAUGUUCGGCGAAGGCGGUGGUGAAAAGCGGAAGGAUCUGGAGGAGAAGGAAACGGCCCGGAAGAAGUUCAAGUGCGAUAUCUGCAAUGUGGCGUACACGCAGGGAAGUACGCUGGAUAUUCACAUGAGAAGCGUGCUGCAUCAGACCCGAGCCUGCCGGCUGCAGGAAAGGAAUAUGUUCAAUAAUCAAUUGCAGGCACUCGAUAAGAAGAAACCCGAGUUCUCGCUCAUUCAAACGAUUCCGGAAAGUCACGAAUCUCCUAACUUCAUCGACGAUUCGCCACUGCGCAAGAUAAAGUCGCCAGCUGAUUUGCAACCACAGCAGCAACUUCCGCCGCAGCAGUCGCAGAUGCCUCAGCAACCGCCCCUGUUGAAUCCUAUGAUCGGAGCUCUUGGCUUGGGAGCUGCCGUACCCGGUUUGGACAAGCCAGAGAUUGCCAUUUGCGAAUGCUGUUUCCAGGUGUUCCCCAAUAAGGUCACACUGGAAACUCAUCUAGAGCUGAGUCCGGAGUGUUUAGCUAUGAAGAAGAAAAUGAUGGAAAACAGUAAUCCUACUCCGGAGAACUUUGCCGAAGGCUUCCAGCAGCAAGCACUGAAUGAACUUGCUAAGGUCAAUCCUCUUCCUGGGUUCGAUCUAACCCCGGAAGCAUUGUUGGGAAAAAGUCCCUUCCCCAUGGAUCCGACAGCCAACCUUAUGGAUCCGAACUUUUUGAAGAACGCCUCGCUGCUCCAGUUUGCCACUGAUCCGAACAACAAACUGGGCCCAAACGCCCUGAACGUACUAAAUUUCAUGCACUUCCACCACUUGAUGUCGCUUAGCUAUUUAAACCUCGCACCGCAGCUGAACUUCGGCGCCGUACCGCCGAAAGUUCCAGACAUAACAGCUAAAACCGACCUCGAGAAGGUCAUUCCGGUUGACAAGACCAAAUUACCGCCGGGAGUCAUGCAGCCGAACCUCAACGGGAAAUCUCCGCUCGACAUGAACCUCAUGCCUCACAACCUGGAGAACAAAAUGCCUCCGCAACCUCCGCAGCAACAGCCGUGCACUCAGAAGCGAGCCCGAACUCGCAUCACCGACGAACAACUGCGCAUUCUACGCUCGCACUUCGACAUCAACAAUUCUCCCAGCGAAGAAAGCAUCCAGGAAAUGUCCAUCAAGGCUAACCUUCCACCGAAGGUGGUCAAACACUGGUUCCGCAACACCCUCUUCAAGGAACGCCAACGCUCCAAGGACAGUCCGUACAACUUCAGCAUUCCCCCAUCGACAAAGCUCAACGUCGAAGAGUACGAGCGGACCGGCGAAGCGAAGGUGGUCGAUCUGGACACCUCGUUCAAAUCCAACGACUCCCAGGAUACCUCGCAGAAUGCGGUCGACCUAAAACUGAACGAGAUGAAGCAAAACUUCUCCAAAACCCUCAUGGAGUCCCUCUCCAAGCAUCAGGCCAAUCAGGAGUUGGGUAACUUUCAGCUAAAUAAAAACCUUUUUCCGGAUAACUUCGGCUCUGACUUCCAGAGCCAGCACGACCAAGCGUCCCAACUGCAAGCCAACGUUGCCAAUUUUUUCUCCCAAGCUCCCGACCUGAACAACCUCAGCAAGGAGCUGAUGUCGAACAAAAAGAAAAAAAUCAAAUCCGAAACCUCGUCCAAUGCCUCGCCUACCCCGGUCGAUCUGCAGAUCGAUUCCAGCAACUCCAGUCCGCUGCCGAUGCGCCCGCCCAGCGCCAUCUCCCUCAAGAAGCACAUGGAAGCUCGUCCACUCGUCGGUACUCCCGGGCUGAUGGAAGAAAUUAAGAUCCCCAGUCCGAUCGAGAGUCCGGUCAUUUCGCCACCGGCUUCGAUCGCUGGCGGAAUGCAUCAACAGUUGUCCCAAAAUCAGGCCGUCACUUGCUCGAACGGAAAGCGUGCCAACCGAACCCGGUUCACCGAUUACCAGAUCAAGGUGUUGCAGGAGUUUUUCGAGAACAAUUCCUACCCCAAGGACAGUGAUCUGGAGUACUUGAGCAAGCUGUUGAUGCUGUCCCCGCGGGUCAUCGUCGUUUGGUUUCAGAACGCUCGCCAGAAGCAGCGCAAGAUCUACGAAAACCAACCGAACCCGACCUUCGAGACGGACGAGAAGAAGGCGAUCAACAUCAACUACACCUGCAAGAAGUGCAACCUGGUGUUCCAGCGGUACUACGAGCUGAUCCGCCACCAGAAGAACCACUGCUUCAAGGAGGAAAGCAACAAACGUUCGGCCAAGGCGCAACUGGCGGCCGCCCAGAUUGCGCACUCCUUCACCAGCGGCAGCGAGGACUCGGACUCCAGCAUGGACGUCAGCCGGCGGGAGUUCCAGCCGCGCGAAAACGACUGCCCCUUCUAA